AUGAAUGAGAAACUGUUCGGAUUUUUCGAUAGAAUGAAUGUGGCACAAAUUGAAUUGAUUGCUGCAACGAGAGACUGAAAAGAAGCAGAGCCAAAGGACCAAAGAGGGGAAAAUGCAAGACUGGAGCAGCAUCAGAGGAAUAACAGAGCAGGAAUUGGAAUAGAAUCUGAAUUAGAAUUCGAAACGAAAAAUUGAAGCAAAAAAUAA